AUGGCGACGACGACGGCGCCACGGACGCUCCGGUCGCGGAAGAGCACGCAUGAGAAGGGCGCCGCGCAAGAUUCAGCGGCGCACAAGCACCGGGCGUCGCGCAAGUACGAGCUGCCGCCCGUGCAAACGGUCUUCAACCAAGAGUUUAUCGACUUUGACGUCAUCAAGGGAUCGGCCUUCUUCAACACCAAGCCGAGCAAGUACGACAAGCGGCUCGUGCGCCAAGGCUUUUACCGUGCGAUCUUGUUUCCGUUCUUUCCCGAGUACUGGACGCAAAAGAACUUUGUGUUCUACUACUUGGCCUCGGCCGUGUACCUUGGCCACCUCUGCGUCACCAUCUGGUACUUUUGCGGCGACACGACGAGCGCAUCGACGCUCACGUCGUUUGAGGUCUGGGCGCCGUACGUGCUCUUGACGCUCACGUCGUGCGGCUAUGGGCGCGUCUCGUCGCUCGUCCUCUCGGCCGACCCCGACGGUCACAUUACGCUGCAAUUGAACUCCCCGACGUCGCCGGCGCCAACGGCCAAAUUGUCGGCCACCAUCAAGCGCGAGCAUGAAGGGCUGGACACGGCGCUGCUCGAAUCCGAGGGGUCGUCGCAGGAAAGUGGGGACAGUGACAGCGACGGCGGCGCCUCGUCCUCGAGCGACGAAGAUACCGACGGCAUCAAGCACGGCAACGCGCCACCCAACGGGGGCUCGCCACUCGACGGCGACCGCCGCACCACGCGAAGCUUCAGCGAACCGCCCUUUGGCGAUACGUUCACGCACCGCCGUGUCAAGGUCGUUGUUUGGAAAGGGGGGAUUCCGAUUAAAGAGUCGAUGACGAUUGCGGAGCUGCGGUCCAAUAUCUUGCUCAAAGUCAAAGCCACGCCGCCGCGGUCGCUGUACCGCAUUGCGGCGCGCACGAGUGCGACGAUCAUUGCCUUUGUGCCGUGGACGCACCGGGCUCUGAGCUACUCGACCGAGCACAACAUUGACGUGUACGACCCCAAAAUGAUCUUUGAGCAUGUGCGUUCGGUCGUCCUGGCUCUUUUGACGAUGCCGCUGGCGACGCUCGAGCGUACGCUGUGGCUGCACAUGGGCCUCUAUGCUGUCGCGGCGCUCUCGUGCACUAUCGCAACGUUUAUCUUGGCCUCGCUCAUCUUCUCUGCGCUCGCGGACGCCGAAGUCACGUACCACCGGCGCUUCCUAUACGCCAAGUGCUUUACGGCGCUCACGUCAGCACGACGGUCCCGGGCGUCGCAUUUGCCGCACUUUCGGCUCAAGAACGUCGUCAACAUCAAGGCGUGGCUGAGUCUCCGCGGCGGUCGGUCGUGGCUCAAGCGCCAGGGCCGGCAGCGCGCGGCCGACGAGAUCGUGUCGACGUCGUUUCUUAUUGUGUUGCUUUUCCUCGCCGUCAUGGGCGUCCAAGCCGUGUCCGAGACGCUUCCGAGCUCGGCGUCGCUCUUCUCGACGCUCGUGCACACGGAAGUGACGCUGUGGUGUCUCCUCUCGAGCUUUUUCCUCUUGCGGUUCAUGAUGCUCGGCUCCAACAUCAACCGCAAGUACCAGAACACGUCACUGCUCUUGACGGAGCAGAUGAACGUGUAUCUCAAGCUGCUCAUGACACCGCACAAGAAGGAGAAACUGCUCAUCUCCAACAACGUGCUCAAGCUCGCGUCCAAGCUCCUCAAGGAGCUCAACUCGCCCAAUAAGAUUUCGGGCUUGACGAUGAACCCGCUCUUGUACAACAUCACGCGCGUCGUUGUGCUCUCGGCGUUUUCGUCGGCGCUCUCGGAGAUGUUUGGCUUCAAGUUGAAGCUGUGGAAGAUGAAAGUCUAA